AUGGCUGAUGCCAGAGACAGGUCCAAAGCCGAGGUACUCCAGUGCUCCUCUGGCGAUGAACCGCACACACAUCCGUCGCUCUCUGGUGAAGGUGCUACCAGUCGACGUCGCGUCUCUGUAGUCCACUCCGACCUAUUUACAUGCAAGGGCGGCGUCGAUGUUCCGAAGCUAUUGCGAGCCACGCGGAUGAGUCUACUGGAGAAAGCGGAGUUUCUGGGUGCCAACGUGCUUGUGGAGGAGAGCUGGGAGUUCACGAUACGUAUACCAAAGGACCCCAGAACCGGGCUAUACAGGGUUCGGGUACGCUAUCUUGCUUCUGCCUCACGGUCGUCGCGACCCGAUCCUCAGAAACCAAUCGCACUUGAUAGAGUCCGUAACAUCCCCGGCCUCAUGACCAUCCUGGAACGUGAGGAAGUCACUUCUUAA